GUGUUGGCGUUUAUUUUGUGGACGAUAUAUAUAAUCACCAUGUCGAGUCUAAGCAUUAUUCGUGUCAAUCCUUUGACAAGUAAAGAUGUUCUUCAAAAAUUCCCUUUUCUUGUUGUGCACAGUUUUUGUGUUUUGUGAAUCGAGUUUCGUGGACAAUUUGGGAAAAUGUAAAAUCAAUGAUGGAGAAUGUGAAAAGGACUUAAUUCAGUCGGUGAUUCGGGACAUUGCCAAGACGGGUGUUCCAGAGCUGGGCAUCCCAACAAUUGAUCCCAUUGCUAUCAAUAACAUUUCUUUGGCCAUUCUAAAUGUUAUUGAUAUUACUAUGAUUGAGGGCACAGCGAAGGGAGUCAAAGAUUGCAUCGUUAAUAAGUUUGUUACUAAAAUUGAAGAAGGCCGUGCAUUUAUGGAGCUGACAUGCGAUAUAUCAAUUAAGGGGCACUACAAAGUGUUCUCCAACAGCCCUCUCGUUAAAACAUUGGCCGGUGGAGAUACAGUCACUGGUGAUGGAAAUGGAAAAGUCAAAAUUGAUAAACUUUAUCUUAAAAUCGAUUUUGAUUUCGACGUCCACAAGAAAAAUGGUGAUCUUUACAUUAGGUGUAAAAAUGACAAGCUGAAAUACACUUAUGAAAUCAAAGGAAAAAUGACUUUCUUCGCCGAUAGUUUGUAUAUAGGAAAGCAAGAAGCAAGUAAACUCGUAACGGGAGUUUUGAAUGAAAACUGGCAGAUGUUAUUUGCAUCAUUCGGCACACCUUUCAUGGACAAAGCUAUGGACAUUUUGUAUUCCUUCCUACACAAAUUCUUUGAUACAGUACCUGCCAAACAUUAUAUCCUCGACGAUUUAUCCGCGUACGCGCAUGAAUAGAAUGGAAUUUUGUAGUUUGAAAUAUAUUCCACUUCAAUAAAAUUGAAGUGGUUUUAUAAUUUUGAUCUUCUAAAGAUUGCGUUUUUAUAAACUUUGUUUUACUCUUUGUUCAUUUUACCUUUGUUUUUGUAUAUGUAGAACAAUGUUAUAUGUAAUAUCGAGAUUAUUUUUGUGACAAUAAAAGUUGGUAUUGUUAA